GGAAUUUCGGCUACAGCACCUGAUAUGUGCUGGGAGGGUCUCGCAGAGGCCGAUGAAGUAAACCCACGCGCGCGAAGGACCGCUAUGCUCCGGGACAAAACGCCUAAUCCAAUCAAAGAGCUGCUCCAGCACGCUGUGUCCCUCCGCCACGGCCCUCCGCAUCCACCUCAGGCUCCCCUUCCCUUCCUGAGCCUCUGCAGUUCUCCGACCUCACCUCCGCCUGCCUCGCCUCGGCCUUCCCGGCUCCUCCUCCCGGCGCUCGGUCCCUCUCCAGGUCUCUGCCUCCCCCUCCUGGUCAGCUGCCCGCACCGCUACCCCGGUCUCCCCGGGGAUCCCUCAGCCCCGUUAAGGCGGCCCCCAGCCGAGGCCGACUGGAGCAUUUGGGCGGGGGCUGCAGGCUCUGCUGCAGGCUCCAACCCGGGUCCCCACGAGCUGGGGGACCGCGGGUCUAACGGCGCCGGCGGCCCCGAGCACCGAGACCUCGGAGGACUCCCCCAGCUCCACCUUAACUGGAAGCUGGGGAUCAGCCCCCAAUGA